AGCAUUGACAAUGUUUUAAGGGAGCAAUUGGCUGCAUUAAGAUAGCUUUAACCAAAAACUCAAGUACUAAAAAUUAGUAAUGAAGAUCGUUGAUCAAAAACUAGAACAACGGAAAUAAGAACUGUUGUAUGAAAUGAGUCAGGAGAAUUUAUAGAAAAAUGAUAAUGUUGAUGUGGCAGGAUAUUAAAAAAUCUUUGCUGAAUUGGCCUACAUUAAUAAUAAAAAAAGAUCAUAAAUAUAAGAGGAAUUUAAGUUGAAGGAUGAAUAGUUUAUUGUGAUUCCGGAAGUGGAGUUACAAAAUGAUAUUGAUAAGGAAAUGGAUUGCUAGUAGAUGUUAGAAAAGAGAAUUGAUUAGAUUGAGCAUUCAGUGAGGAUUAUUGAAAAACAGAAUAAUUUAAUGAAUGAGUAAAUUGAACUAUACACAUAGAAUGAACCAAAAAUUCAUUUAAAAGAGAUUGAAAAUAAACAGCAAUUGGCUUUUUUUGUCCAUUACAUUGGAACCAUAAAAAAGGCAAUGAAAUUAGAAAAGGAAUGGUAGACUUAAAAAAUAGAAAAACUGAAAUACAAGGCAGAAAAGCAAUCAGUAAUUACAGAGUAAAAGUUAAAAGAACUAUUAGAACAAGAGGAUAAAGAAAUGUCAUUAUUACUUAAAUAUGAAUAGACAAGUGAUCUCAUCAAUUAAAUAGAUGAAGAAAUUAAAACAAAAUUUCAUAAAAUUGAAGAAUGUGCUGAGUUAUUAGAAGAGUUUGAUGACAUCGAUAAAUUAAGAUUAAUAUUUGUAUUAGAAAACCCAAAUGAUUUUGAAUUGGAUGAGAUUUUGCAACAUGUUCGUUGGCAACUAAGAUAGCCAUUUUCAAGAUUACAAUUGGCCUCAUCUUUAUAAGAAUAUAUAGAUAGGGCAAGAUUUAGUGGAGUUUCCUCUAGAAUAAAGAUUUUCUUCAAAUUUCAUGAUAAUGAUUUGAAUUAUUCAAUAAACUAAUUGAUAUAAGUGUAUAGGAAGUUACAAUUUCAAGAUGGAACGUUGAGAAAUAGAUAUGAAGAUUUACUGUUAUAAAAAGGACAACUGAUUAAUCACCUACUAUUUUUGAAUUAGCUGCAAUUCUAUGAAUUAGAUGAACCUGAAUCUGCAGCACCAUAAAUAGAUGAAUCAUAACAUGAAAUGGCUCAAUAUCUAAAAAACAUUUAGAUAAGGCACUUAUCAAAUAACAAAUAUUUCUUUGUUAGAAUAUUUACAAUGCUUACAACUGUUCUUUCUAGAAUACUAAACGCAUUGUAUAAUAUAAAAGAAAUUCUGAAGUCAUGCAAUUCUGAUAUGUUUGGACAUGAGUAAAUUAUUAUAUAUUCUUAUUAGGUUCUACUUAAAAUGGACAUAUAAUAAAAUGUUUAUCUAACUGUCUUAAGUGAUGUAAUAAUUAGAAAAAUAAUAUAAAAUCAAAUUAAUAGCUAAGGAUCCAAGUAUCAGAAAUUCCAAUCAGUUUUUAAAUGCCAUCUAUGAUCACAUAGAGGAAAAGGCUUUACGUGAAAAAACCACUAUAUAACCUCAAUAAAAAUAGACAAUCGAUUAAAUAUUGCCUUAACUUAGUCCUUUAUCCAUAUAGAAGGUUUCCUAAUUAAUAAGUUAAGACAUUUUCUUAUAAUAAUUUCUGAGCUUCUAAGACCUUGCUUUAUUGGUAAAAAAUUAGGCCACCAACUUAAAUGAAGCUGAAGUGAUCAAACUCAUAUAAAUCGAAGGCUAUGAUAUCGCCCAUUGCGAAUUGAGAUCUUCUACACAACAUUUACUUAGAGUUAUUCAAGAUAUUAUUACUGAAUGCAGAACUGUAAAGGAAUCCAGUGUUCAAGCUAAGAGUCUAGCUAAAAAGUAUCACAUUUAAGAGAUCAUUGAUAAGCAUAUGUCAUCAUACGAGUAUAAAUUCAAGGAAUGGAAGAAGGAAGUCUUAGAAAACAAAAUAAAACAAAUUGAACACCAAUUUGAUGAAAUAUCAGAAGCUCCAACAACUCCAGAAAUGAAACUUAAAUCAAGUAUUACAACUGUUAGUACUCAUAUCACAUCUCAACCAUCAAAAUUACAAUUCAAUAGUCAAAUGACAAAAGAAUCUACUUUAUUAACUCCAACUUCAAAUAAUCUAAGAAGAUAUCUGAACACAGUUGAAUCUCAAAUACCGCAUAAAAAAGCUCAACUUCCUAAAGAACCUAUCUUUGCUCAUUUACACUAGAUGAGUAGAAAAAUAAAAAAUGAAAAGAUUUCCACCUAAACUCAUUUGAGAACUUUUACUCUUCAAAGUAUUGAUUCAACUAAGUAACAAAGUCAACAAACUAUCCAGCUUAAAUUACUUCCUUCAAUUCCAGCACAGAGUUUUUCUUAAAAUCUCCUCAGAUAACCAACAAAUAGGAUUAUUAUAAGACAAAAUAGAAAAAGUCAAGUUGUGAAGACUGAACCUACUGUAAAAUUAGAAGUUAAAUAAAUGCAAAACUUUUCAGACAUUUAUGAGAAAUCAAAUAAGAAAUUAUCUGAUUUUUUUAGAAAUGUUAGUAUGAAAAUUAAAUGA